AUGGUCUCGCCUGCUGCAAGCAGAGGCAACACGCACCUCCUCCUGCUCCUUCUCAUGGCUGGCUUGCACCUAUCUGGAGCCCAAACUCCCGUCCCCGCCCCCUCUCCGACUCCCGCUCCAGUGACAGUGGCCCCUCCUAUCCUUCCGGCUCCGGCCGCAGAUGCCCUUCCUCCUCCUCCCGCUGCAGUCGCAGAUGUCUUCUCGUUCAGCUUCGACUUCACCGACAAAUCCAACUACCGCCAAGACGACCUCAAGUUCGAGGGCGACGCUUCCGCGCACCCCAACCAGGUCGAUCUCACCUGCAACACCGCAGGUUGCGGUUUAGUGGGGCGCAUGUCGUACGGGCACCCAGUGCCCUUGUACGACAGCACCACCGGCGAGGUGGCCAGCUUCCAAACGAGCUUCACCUUCUCCAUCACCACCGACAACUACACUGCCAGGGGAGAUGGCAUGGCUUUCUUCCUCGCCUAUUUCAAUUCCACGAUGCCUUCGCCCUCCUGGGGGGGCUGCCUCGGCCUCACGUCCCAAGAUGGAAACGGCAAUUGCCUGACUGCCUUGGACACCGACCAGUUCUUGGCCGUGGAGUUCGACACGUUCCACAACACCUGGGACCCCAACAGCGACACCGCCUACGACCACAUCGGCAUCGACAUCAACUCCAUGAUCUCGUUGGACGACACAACAAGCUUGACGAGCUUCAACAUGAGCGACUGCAGCUCCAUGACGGCCACCAUCACCUUUAACAGCACCACCCAGAUCCUUGUCGCCGACCUGUCCGAUGACGCUAGGCGGUAUCUCCCCGUUCAGAUGAGCACGAAGUUACUCGAGCCGCUCAACACAUUGUUCCCGGCUCAAGUCGCAGUGGGGAUUUCUGGGGCCACUGGCAGUGCCAACGACACGGAGGGACAUGUGAUACAAUCAUGGUCCUUCAACUCGUCCCUUGCUCUGCCCCACAAAGGUAAAGACAUGAAAGCAGCGGUAAUUGGAGGGUCAACUGGAGGAGCUGUGGCGUUGGUGGUUGUGGUUUGGUGUAUCCUCUCGUGCUUCAGGUGGAAAAAGAGCACUAGAAGCCAUGAUUUUGUGACACGAACUGGAGGACCUAGACAGUUCGACUACCGUGAUCUGGCUUUUGCAACGGACAACUUCUCAGGGGAGAGGGUUAUUGGGCGAGGUGCCUUUGGAGUAGUCUACAGGGCUACGUUGGUCUCCAAGGUAUCCUCAUCAUCAUCAUCAUCAUCAGGUGUGCACUCGAGAGAAUCGGCUGCAUUGUCCUCCAUGGAAUCGGGUGUGUCAUCGAACCCGAGCUCAAAGGAAUCAGACGGCGGUGAGGUGGCUGUAAAGAAAAUCUUGAAUGAGCCCAGGGGAGGAAAUCUUGACUUCUUCGCGGAGAUGAGCACCAUUAGCGCAGCAAAGCACAAGAAUCUCGUCAAACUGAAAGGUUGGUGCUGCAAAGAAAACAGCCAAAACAUGCUUGAUUUCAUGUGUUGGUGCUGCAGGAAGAAGAAAGAUGACGACGAGCUCUUCCUUGUCUAUGAACUGGUGCCUAAUGGCAAUCUGCAUUACCACCUACGUGAGAGUGAGCAAGUGCUAGCAUGGCCAACAAGGUACCAAAUUGUCAAAGAUAUUGGUUCUGCUCUUAUUUACCUCCACCAUGAUUGUGCCCCUUACAUUCUGCAUAGAGAUAUCAAACCAAGCAACAUACUCCUGGACAACAACUUCAAUGCCAAGCUUGCUGACUUCGGGUUGUCGAGGAUCGGCAACCAGGACAAUGCGACAUUAUUGACAAACGCCAUAGGGACGGAAGGGUACAUAGAUCCAGAAUGCAGGAAAGUUGGAAAAGUAAAGUUCUACCCAAGCUCCGACGUCUACAGCUUCGGCAUCGUCCUGCUAGACAUUGUAUGCACAGGGAAGUCCAGGGAGCAAGUCUGGGAGCUGUACAUAAAAGGCAAGGUCAUGGAGGCUGCAGAUAGAAGGCUUCAUGGCGGCGACGACUUGGACAAGAGGCAGAUGCAGCGCGUGGCUAUCCUGGGACUCUGGUGUUCUCUUCAUGAUAGUUCCAUGAGGCCUACCAUUAGGAAAGCAAUGGAGGUCUUGGAACGUGACGAGCCGUUGCCUGACCUGAACUACUUGGUGAACACUUCGGUAACCUCGGCACAGCAAGACACCUACACCAUUAGCUCUGACCAGCAUGCACUUAUGUCAGAUGGGAGCUAA